AUGAAGUUUUCGAUCGUCGUCCCAGCGGCCUUUGCGGCUGUCGCUCAAGCCGCCCCCCGCCCCCCCGGCGACCCCGACACCUCGGUGGCUUACCGCGGCUGCGAGGGGCCUCCGAACGGAUUUCGGCCAGAAGACUGCCUCUUCUUUUGCAAGACCAACGUCAUCAGGGUCAGGUGCGGUUGCAGAAUGAGCAUGGGAGUGUACAAGUGCGACGUGGGCACUGGGGAAAAGCUGAAAAAGUGCUGGGAUGAGUCCGAGAAAUACUGCAUGGAUCUCAUCAUGCCUUCUGCCAGGCAACUGGAUGCUUUUGGUAACUAUUGGUAUGAAAGCAAGGAUGCCUACGCAACCGCGUAG